UGAGCCGCACCUGAGCAGCCAUCCCGGUGCCGCUGCAGCGCGGAGCCCGAGCCGCGGCCCGUCACGCGGUGAGAGAGACGCGAGGAAUAACCUUUGCAGCCUUUCUAAUGAGCGGCCAGCCCGGGAGCGAGGGUCAUGCCACGCCGCCAGGCGCCCGCUCUGACUGCGAAGCUCCGUCCUAGAAGCGAUCUCCAGUACAGGCCAUAGCAUCCGUGGCAGUGACCUGUGCCAGUGAAGUUGAUUCAACCCCGUUAGAGCUGGCCGAUUACUUACUGGACAAAUUUGGCCCCUUCUGUUUGUGACUUGUCCACAAAACAGCUGGCUUCUCAAAGCAAUUCCUUGUUCAGAACUGCCCGGCUCCCACCAAUAGUGCUUGGUCUGUAACUUGCAAGCAGAUCGUUGUGUGUAUUAGAAAUUGGAGGUGUUUCAAUUGAGUGUAUAGGUCUGAACGCCAAAUUUGAGAGUGGCUUGUGCUUCUGAUGUAAAUAGUGGUGAUUACAAUUCCCUAGCUUGCUUUCAGAGCGUAUUCUGCAGCAUUUGCUUAGAAAUGUGUUCAGGCUACAAUCUUCAUGGAAGAUAGAGAUGUGCACACAACUAGCAAAAGCUUGUUUAAAAAAAAAAAGCUGAUCUAAGUCCCCAUGUAGACAGUGCUAGGUCAAUGGAAGAAUUCUUCUGUUCACCCAGCUACUGCCUCUUGAGGAGGUGGAUUAACAACGCUGUCUGGAGAACUCCUGUCACUGUAAUAAGUGUUUACUCUCAUGUGGUACAGCUGACCUGGGGUAGCAUUUUAAAUGGAGACAUAGCCUAACAUUCUGCCAACUUCCGUUGAGACCACAAGCUCUGAAGGCAUACAUAUCAGGACACCUUACCUCUCACUGGAGAUUUCUUAUUCCAUAGCAACCAAUAAGCAAGUGUGAAAUAUGAGGACAAAUCCCGCCAUUCAAGCUGCCAUCGAUCUCACAGCAGGUGCAGCAGGUGGGACUGCGUGUGUGCUAACUGGCCAGCCCUUUGAUACAGCUAAGGUGAAGAUGCAGACAUUUCCCAGCAUGUAUAAAGGACUCCUUGAAUGUAUUGUGAAGACAUAUAAACAAGUUGGAUUGCGAGGCUUCUAUAAAGGGACCACUCCAGCACUUAUAGCUAACAUAGCAGAAAACUCAGUUCUGUUCAUGUGCUAUGGGUUUUGCCAGCAGAUUGUGAGGCGAGUUGUUGGAGUAGACAGGAAAGCAAAACUGAGUGAUCUGCAGAAUGCAGCUGCAGGCUCUUUUGCUUCUGCGUUUGCUGCCUUGGUCCUAUGUCCCACAGAGCUGGUGAAGUGUCGGUUGCAGACCAUGCAUGAAAUGCAGUUAUCUGGAAAGAUAAUACAAGGACACAACACAGUCUGGUCAGUAGUGAAAAGUGUUAUUCAAAAGGAUGGCCCACUCGGGUUCUACCAUGGUCUGUCAAGCACUUUACUUCGGGAAGUCCCAGGUUAUUUCUUCUUCUUUGGAGGCUAUGAACUGAGUCGGACAUUUUUUGCAGCAGAGAGACCAAAAGAUCAACUAGGGCCUAUUCCUUUGAUGGUGAGUGGUGGUUUUGGAGGCAUCUGCUUAUGGAUUGCUGUUUAUCCUGUGGACUGUGUCAAAUCUAGAAUUCAGGUUCUUUCCAUGUCUGGAAAACAGGCGGGCUUCAUGGGAACUUUCGCAAAUAUUUUGCGAAAUGAAGGAGUAUUUGCCUUGUAUUCUGGACUAAAGCCUACUUUGAUUCGUGCAUUCCCAGCCAAUGGUGCACUCUUCCUUGCCUACGAGUACAGUCGCAAGAUGAUGAUGGAACAGGUUGACAUGUACUGACAUCUUCCAGCAGCAGGUUUAGGCCACCCUUUUUAAAAAGAACUGUAAGGCUUGAACGGGUACAAAAUCAAUAGCAUGACAUCAGAGGAACUCAAUUUAGGAUUUAAAAAAAAUCUUUUUAAAGUAAAUGGGUUUUGUAGACUUUGUAUGUGGUUUUUACAGGUUUUUUUUAAGGGAGGAUGGAGACAUGUUAAGGUUCUUUCCACCUAUUGUGCUGCUCAAACGAUUUAAUUAUGUUGCCCUGAUGGAAGCGGUACUCAGUGUAAAGGGUAGUGAUCUUAGAGUUAAUCUCAAAUUUUAAAAAUCUAGUUCUGGAACAGCCAUGGUAUAAGAGAUCUGAAUUUUUCCCUUUUUCAUGGUUAGCAAACACAACUGACUCAAGGCCACAUGGCACUGGUGCAUUAGUAAAGUCGUGCUACUCUUCUUAUCAAUUUUAGGGCUUGUCUACACAGGGAGUGACUCUUGAAUAGUUUCAGCUGUGGAUGCUCUUAUUCUGGAAUAAAUCUCAUUCCAAAUUAUUUUAAUCCACUUUAGACAGCCUAUCAGGAAUAGUUAAUCUGCUAUAAAUUCAUACUGUAUGUUAUUUUGGAUUCACUUUCAUGCGUAGGUGAGCCCUUGGAAAGAGUAUUCAAUGGAAACAGCAAGCUGCUUGCAUUUUAUAGCUGUUUCACCUCUUUGUAAGAGACUGUUCAACUACUUCAAAAAACAGUAGCCUAAUACAAGGGAAGGUAGAAGAGGGAGGUUAAGCUUCCUGAAGUAUUUAGUUUAAGCAAUGCAUGGCUCAUACUUGCACUAUUUUAAUGUGUUUUAAAGUUGUACAAAUUUGCCAUCAAUAGUUUCGCCAAUAAUGUGAAAACAUUAAAGUAACUGGAGCAGAAUGAGUCUUGCAAUCCUAAUACCUCAUUUCUCUCUUCCCCCACCUCUCCCUUCUUCCCCUCCCCCCACUCCCACCCCCCAAAAAACCAAACUUUCCUUUCUGUUUUAACUGCUGUCUCAAGGUAGCCUCCCUUCUAUAGGUUUGCAAGCACAGUAUGUCUGGUACUAGCUACCAUCUUUGAUGCUUUUAGGAAAGGAUCUACUUGUGGAUGAAUCACUAUUAGACAUUACCCCUGGAGGUCUUCCGGGGGUACAUCAGCUCACUUAGAUAUUUGCCUAGUUUUACAACAGGCUACACAGAAAGCACUAGUGAAGUCAGUACCAACUAAAAUUUCAUACAAUGACUUGUUUAUACUGCUCUGUACACUAUACACAUAAAUAUUGUUCUUCCAUUUCAAUUCCAAUUGAUUUUUUUAUAUUAUAUGGUAAAAAGGAGAAAGUCAGCAAUUUUUCAGUAAUAGUGACUGAAAUUUUUGUAUUUUUAUGUCUGAUUUUGUAAGCAAGUAGUUUUAAAGAGGUGAAAGGUGGGGAAACACGACAAAUCAGACUCCUGAAAGGCAUACAGUAGUCUGGAAAGGUUGAGAGCCACUGGUUUAAUAUACACAUCACCACCCUGCUGGCAACCUAUUGGGCCUACAUACUGUGGAGUGCAGGAGGGGGUUUAGGGCAGGGGGGUCAGGGUCCAGCCCAGCACUGCUUACCUCAAGUGGCUCUGGGGUGGCAGCAGCAUGCAGCGGGGCUAAGGCAGGGUCCCUGCCUUUCCUGGCCCUGCACCACUCCCAGAAGUAGCCAGCAGGUCCAGGAGUGGCUGGGAGAGGAGGGGGGUGGGGUGGGGCAGGUGGCUCUGCCACACACUGCCUUUGCCUGUGGGUAUCACUCCUGAAGCUCCCUUUGGCCUGCUCCAUACUUUGAUCACAAUGAUGGUUGGAGGAAUGGUAAUAAUUCAGUCAUCAUAAUCCAAAAGGAGCAAGAUGUGGGGCCAGAUGCAGUGGGUUAGGGACAGAAAUAGAUACCCUUAAAUAUUUGCUUCCAUUCUGGAAGUCAGAUUCUUUGAGGCUAUGGCAUAUAAAAUAGCUGCCUGGCAGCUUUUGUGUUUACCAAACAGGAAUGCUUUAGCUGCCUUGUCAUUGGAGCCUUUUUAAAAUGCUCAUGGCCACUCAUAUUUUUGCUAGACUGUGGGUAGCUAUAGCCUAGGGGUGGGCUAACUACAGCCUGCUGGCCAAAUCCAGCCCACAAGCCACUUUUUAAGCUGGUCCGUGAGCUGUACCACAUGGCUUGGCCCUGCUCUGGUCAAGGGGGCUGCCCCACUGUAGCUCCUAUGUGCUCCAAUGGGAGCUGCAGGGGCUGUGCCUGUGAAUGGGCCAGUGUGCAGAGCUGCCUGGCCAUGCCUCCUAA